GAGAUACUCUGGCCUUACUUCCGCUUCCUGCCUGCACUUCCCGCUGCUUGAACUUCGCCAGCACGCAACAAGCCAAACAAGAUGCGAUCGAGCAGAGAUCAUUUGCCGGUUGCUAAACCUCGACCGCUAUGCCUGGAACAUCAACAUUCGUCUUCAUCGCCAACGAUGGACGCAACAAAGCGGAAGGCUUUGAACGAGCUGUCAUCCGCAGUCAUUGCAUGCAAGGCCGGAACAAGCGUCCUGGUUCGGUACGCUCCCUGCGUCAGGGAUGGAGAGCACCACUGCAUCAAGACCGUUCCCUGCGUGAUGCCAACUUCGUGUCCCGGCAGACUCCUCCCAGCAUUGUUACAUAUCAAGAACCCAGCAGCCGGCGCCUCGCUCACGAGGUUACGAAAUACGGCCUAAGUGAUCGUACUCCGUUGUUCGUCUUUCGCCGUCUAACGCGUUGUGCCCUGCCAUUCGCAGGCGAGUUGACGAACGACAGCCAGGUCGAUCUUUCAGAAUUCUUGAUGUCCACAGCGAUGAGACACCAUGCAUUUCCUCUCAAGCAAUGCAUAGAUUUCGGCCCCGAGCAAGAGACUCAUACCGCAUGGCUGUAUAACGACCACGCAUACGUGCAUAGCGUUCUGUUGGGCAUCUCAGCCCUUUCAGACUACUCUAAUGCUCAGCCGCUGUCGCGCAAGACACUGCGACAUCUCCGACUAACGCUGCAGUGCUUGAACAAUCGACUGUCAGCUCCAAAUGCACACUUACAAGACGUGGUGGCGCACAUUGUAAUGUCGCUAGCUUUGGUGGCGCUGGUAUGUAGAGAUGACGCUGCAGCUCGAGCUCAUGCAGUCGGCUUGCAGCAGAUCGUACGUCUGCGCGGCGGUCACACGUUCCUUCGUGACCAUCCCAAACUGCACCUCCAACUCAGCCAGCUUGACUUGUCCUAUUCGUUAGUUACCUUCAGCAAGCCAUUGUUCGCUAAUCCCGAACCCGACCACACUUGGGAGCCAAUCUUUGCAGGGUGCUACCCCUCGCAGGAAACGGGCGGCGAUGCUAUCGCUUCGCUUACAGAUGUUGUAGACACGAAGAUUGCGGUCAUCUUUCGCGACUUGCGGCAACUGAGCAUCGCAAUCAACGAGCAUUUCGAAUCCGGUAGCCUGCUGCAUUGUUCUGUCGUGCAAGACUGGCUUGUGCGCAUCCAGUCGCGGCUUUUGCAGAUAUCAUACGACACAAGCACGUUCUCCGAGCUUCUCAGACUUGGCAUGCUGGCCUAUCUGACUGCAGCAUUCCGGCUUGCCGGUCGCAGACUUGAGUACGAGUGCCUAGGCGCUCGUUUCCGCGAAUGCUGUCAUGCGACACUGUCGCAAAUGGCGACGGUUGCCGGUCAACAGACACUGGUGUUCUGGAUCAUCAUCGUUGGGGCCAUGUCUUUACUCAGCUCGAACGAAGAGUGGCUGCUUGAGAUAUACCGAAAGGUACAGAUACACGAGACUUGGGAUGCUGCACAAGAGAUGCUGGAGCGUGUGAUGUGGAUUCGUCUUAUACACGAUCGGGCCGGACGGGCAGCCUUCGUUGGGCUCAAUAAUGAACUGCGUCAACCGUCCGACGGGAGGGGGCAGCCAGAGGGUUGAAUUUACUUCGUUUCAGACCGGAAUCGGCCGAAAAGGUGAUGGGGCCUUCGAGCAGAAAGAAGUGGCCAUGAAGAGCCGCCUAACUAGCUUGUACAUGACUCUGUCGUCUGUACACGUG